UUCGUGAAGAUGAUUGUUCAAUGAUUAUAGUACGACGGAAGAAAAUACGGUGAAUGAUAGAUUUUAGCUUAAAUACGCAGGUACUUCGGGUCAUUUACAGUAAAAGCGAUUGUAAUUAAUAGACGAUGGUAAAAUUUCUCUCAAAGUUAAUCGAAAUGUGUUAACGGUAGACAAGUUUUAGAAGGUGACAUUUUAUAGGUUAUGUUUUGCGGUAUUGCUCGAUAUUACAAUUUUUUUAGUUAUUCUGUAAGAACACAUUAACUGAAUUCCGUGCAAACAAUUCUCGGUUCAACGCGAGUGUCGAAGAAAUAGAAAAAAAAAGAACUUACUCAAGACUGGAUCAUUCGAUUAGUUGAAAACUAAAUAAACUAGGAACAUGGGAGAAGAAGUGGACGACACUACUAUAGAUUACGACACAGCCAUAGAUGAGAAAUACAGAAUUUACGCGAGCAUAUCCUUCGCUGUGCUGCUGCUGGGCAUCGGGGUUCCCCUUUGGUGGCACACCACCGCGGUGCAACGUGUUUCGCUACCUUACGCUGGGAUCGAUGGAUUGUCCAAUUUGGACGUAAAAAUCAAAAUAAAACUCGUCCUCGCGAUACUUUCCGAACGUCGAGCCGAGAAGUUGACUCGAGAGUUAACGGAAGCCUUCGAGAAUACCGCCAUCUAUAAGGUGGAGAUCGUAUCCCGUAUAAUACCCGUUAACUUAACGGAGCACGAUUUUAAAUAUACCAAUAUGGAUAAGGUAGCAGCGUCCAAUUUCAAUCUGGAUAUUGGUGAACUCUUACUUAUGGAGACGAAUGCAAUAUUCGAGCUGAUUUACGUUGGUUGGGAACGAGGAAUAUACUUCUCCCCGCAGACCAAUGGAUCGACGUUGGCUCAAAUAUUGUCCGAGUGGAUGUUGCGCGAAAAAUCGCUGAUUCUGACGAAGAAUGCGCUCGCGGAGCCAACGUUGUACAGCCUGGACGUGGAAAACAGGAGAAGAUUUCCAGCUAGUCCGGCUUACGACGUGCUGAUCACGGUCGUGAAUCCCAACCCAGAAAAACUGAAGGUCGACUGGGAUCUGCGCAAGAUGGCCGAGAAAUACGUUGAACCUUUUCUGAGCAAGCUCUCGAUCUCGAGCAAUUUCUCCGUAAAAUCGCAAUGGUUGUACUUGCUUCCGCUGGAAGUGAACCCAAAGCGCGUGCCCGAUAGCAGCUUGCUGGGCAGACACUUUGCACUGCCGGAGGAUGUUCUACCGCAAUUGAUCACACCGUUGGAGAAGAAACUAGCGUCGCAAGUCAGUCUUCAUCCGACUAUAAAUUUCGUAAUCUAUGCUGUUCCAUGCGACAAUGCUCCGCUGCAUAUUUACACGCGUUCCGGGCAUAGGUCGAAAAGCAACGUCAACGUUGAAGCGUUUCUGUCGCCAAGGUGGGGCGGUGUGGUGUUUAUCAAUCCAUCUUUAGAGGCUUGUGCUGACGCAAAAUCCAAUGAAUCGGUCACCAUUGUUCCGGAGGAGAUUACCGUCAUUGGCACGUUUCUCGCCCAGCUGAAACUUCUUCUAGGUAUUCCCGAGCCGAAACCCUUGCACAACGUUUUGACCCUCCCUCCGAGUGAAUUUAAAUUGUACAAUUGGGAGGUCGAUGCUUUGUUGCGCAUUCGCACGAUCGAGCAACUGACUUCGGCUAAGUUGACGCUACAGUCGCUCGCCCGACUUCUUAAAGAAAUCGGGAACAUCGUGAUCACGGACGUCGUAGGGGAUAGGAUAAAAACUGCCUUACGUUUAGUGGAGAAUUCAGCCGAACGACUGGCUGCGGGCGAUCUCAGGCAGGGUUUUCUGCUGAGCAAAGAAGCGUUCGUUGCAGCAGAAGCUGCAUUCUCAGACCCGACGCUCUUAGCUUUGCUAUAUUUCCCAGAGGAUCAAAAAUACGCCGUGUAUAUACCUCUUUUUCUACCAGCUAUGAUACCAGUAUUACUUUCUUUAAAGAAUAUAUAUAAACAUUACUCCCUUCGAAAGGUCAACGCGUGAAGGAAACCGGUCAUUGUAAGACAACGAACGAGAAAAAAAAAAAAAGUAUGAUAAUCGACAACAUUACAACGACGUGUAACGGCAAGGCACGAUGUCUCUGCGUUAUAAUAUAUGUAUGAUUCUAUAUUUUACCUGUGUUCAGCAGUAGAAACGGGGAACUCGACUGACGAGCGUUUCGAAACCUCAUUCAGGGACUCUAAUAUAGAUCGAACAGUCGCAAGUAUUUUUCGGAAUCCGUUGCGCUCGUUCCUCGUAUGCCAAACGUUCCGAGUUUCAUGGUCUCUUGCGCAGUCAAGGGCGUUGUAUAUUCAAUGAACAGCGAAACAAACGAUAGAAAUAAAAACAAUAAUAUUUUUUAUUGUACAAAGAAAAUGGUUGCGAAAUUAUUAAAAGAAAGAAAGGAAAAAUAUAUUGAGCCGGUCAGUGUUCCAACGAUGAGUGUCGAAUGACUUUUAAAACGUUACACAUAACUACAGUUUCGUUUUUUUUUCUUUGUCGUGCAUCGAAACGUACAUAUACGUAAUUCAGAAUUAUAAUUUUCUUUAAUUUUCCUUGUCCAUGGAUAACGCAUUCGAUCGUAUCACUCGUCAUAGCGUACAACACCGUAAGAUAGCGCUACAUAAGAUGCCUGUCCGUCGUACAGGUACGCGUCUCUGUUCCUGCCUGUACAAAUUCACGCACGCAACCGCACGUUUGCAUCCACGCACUCUCGCAUGCUCCCACGCGCAUUCAACGCGACCAAACGUUUUUUUUCCACGCACUCCCAUGCAUUCUUCCUACCAAAAUUUUAAAUUAAUUAUCAUUAGAUCGUUAGAAACAACUAAUAAUAUAUAUACAAUACACGUGUAUCAAUCCUCAACCAGUUAAAAGGUUACAAAAUUACCAAAUUGAAUUGCUAUAAAAAAAUAUGUUCAACCAUCGUGAGAAGUAUCCACUAAAAUUUGAGAAAGUCGACCGAUCGUGACUCGAUACAAAACUCGGUGCUAAAUCGUAGUUAAUUGCUAUAGGUGUCGCGUCUCGCGGGUGACAAUGACAAAUUGUUCAUCGCGGUUUUUUCUUUGUCUUACGGAUCUCGCCCGGUAGUUGAACAUCGCUAAGAGUAAAAAUAAAUUAAUCGGUGAAUCGAAAAGCUUACUCGUAUGAAAAAGAAAUAGAAAAAAAGAAAGAACGUCAAC